ACUUAUCUGUUUGUCGAGCGCGCGGGUUCAUCCACAUCCUCUAACAACAUCACGAUUCUCUCUUCAAAUUUUCCCGGAAAAUUCCUCCCAUGGAGCUUCCUCAAUCCUCUCUUUGAACUCCGCCACUAAAAUCCCUUCACCCAAUUCCACUCCCAGUUGCAGAUUCUGCAACUUUCAUGGCCUAAUCAGAGCACAAACCAAGCAACAAUGGUGCCCACUUCAUUUUGUUCCCUUCAAUCCAGCAAUGUCUCUUCCACCCCUUCCAUCUCGCCUCUUUCCAUAUCUUCUCUCGCCUCUUCUUCUUCUUCUUCUUCGUGUUCCUCUCUUUAUCUUCGACCAUCCUCACUUUUCUCCACUCGCCUUCGCUCUUCCUAUGUCUUUGGUGACCUCCAUUUGAAGCGAAGCCCUGAAUUUAAGGGACUGAAGGUGAAAUGUGCAGCUGGGGAGCCGCUGAAGGUUAUGAUAUCAGGUGCGCCGGCCUCCGGUAAAGGAACUCAGUGUGAGUUGAUUGUUCAAAAGUUUGGCUUGGUGCACAUAUCAACUGGCGACAUAUUAAGAGCAGAAAUUUCAGCUGGGACAGAAAUUGGCAAUAAAGCAAAAGAAUUCAUGAAUUCUGGACAGCUUGUUCCUGAUGAAAUUGUGACUGCUAUGGUUACGACACGGUUAUCAGGUGAAGAUGCAACCGAGAAGGGGUGGCUCUUAGAUGGAUUUCCACGAACCCUUUUGCAAGCUGAAAGUUUACAGAAGUUGCAGAUUAAACCAGAUAUUUAUCUUAUUUUGGAUGUUCCUGAUGAAAUUCUAAUCGACAGAUGCGUUGGUCGAAGGCUCGACCCAGAGACGGGGAAGAUUUACCAUCUGAAAUAUUUCCCCCCAGAAACAGAGGAAAUUAAAGGAAGACUUGUCACUCGACCUGAUGAUACUGAGGAAAAAGUGAAGCAGCGUUUGGAAAUUUACAAGCGUAAUGCAGAAGCAAUAGCACCAGUGUACUUGAGUAUUACAAAGAAGAUUGAUGGAAGCCGUCCUAAAGAAGAAAUUUUUGAAGAAAUAUCAUCAUUACUAUCACAGAUUCAAAAAGAAAAGGCUAAGAAGUUAGGGAAAUCAACCCUUGGAUUGAAGAGUACUUCAACUCAGGAUAGCUGGAGAGGGAUACCAACUAGAUUGAAUAACAUUCCUCACUCAAGAGAAAUCAGGAAAUAUUUUUAUGAUGAUGUGCUUGAAGGCACCAAACGCGCUGUAAAAGAUGGUAGAACUAGAUUAAAGGUGGAGAUUAAUAUUCCAGAGCUUAACCCUGAAAUGGAUGUCUAUCGAAUAGGUACUCUCAUGGAACUUAUUCGGACCAUUGCCCUUUCAUUUGCUGAUGAUGGAAAACGUGUCAAGGUAUGCAUUCAAGGAUCCAUGGGGGAAGGUGCACUUUCUGGAAUGCCGCUGCAGCUUGCUGGAACUCGGAAAAUCUUAGAAUACAUGGACUGGGGCGAAUAUGGGGCUUUGGGGACCUUUGUCAAGAUCGGUUCAAUUGGUGCAAAAGAAGUUGACGAGCAAGAUGACAUGUUUAUUUUAGUGGCUCCUCAAAAUGCUGUUGGAAAUUGUAUCAUUGAUGAUAUGAAAGCUAUGACAGAUGCAGCUGGUGACCGACCUGUUAUUCUUGUAAAUCCCAGACUCAAGGAUUUACCUGGUUCGAGUGGUAUCAUGCAAACGAUGGGCCGUGACAAGAGGCUGGAGUAUGCAGCAUCAUUCCAAAUCUGUUACUUCUUUCGGCUUCUCUAUUAUGCAGGAACGCAGUAUCCAAUCAUGGGAGCUCUCAGGAUGUCUCACCCUUAUGGUUAUGAGCUCUAUAGAAGGGUGGAUGAACCUUCUGGGAAGGAAAGGUAUGUCCUCCUAUCCAAGUAUCCCACCAGGCCGUCCACUGAUGAUAUCAAUGAUGCCUUCCAAGGAAAAGAAAGAAAUGCAGAGAAGAAAUCAUCUGGAAUCUGGGGCUUCCUGAGUGGCAUCUUUUGAGCUUAUGAAGAUGAUAUCUUCGAUUGGAACAUGUCAACCAAAGGAACCAAGCAGCCAUGGAGUGACAUGCAAGUAGAUUCUAGGCACAACCCAUGUACAGAGAAGGUAAGGAAAUACUACGUUUAUACAAUCAAAUCUGUUUGAAGAAACAAAGCAAAGAUACAAAGAACUACAAAUUCUGGGUA